AUGGAGCAGGUUCAUAUACAGUGUGUGUUUAUGGCUCUCCGGCUUAGAACUCUGUGCCUUGCCUGCCAGGUGUAGCUGUCAGAGCUCUGGGCAGUCAGUCUGCUGGAGGCUGGUGUACAGUGAAGUCACAUUGCUGCUGCCGCCUGCACCAUGUCUUUCUGCUCCUUUUUCGGUGGGGAGGUUUAUAAAGACCACUUCCAGCCUGGAGUAUACGCAUGUGUCCAGUGUGGCUUUGAGCUGUUCUCCAGCCGUUCUAAAUUCGAGCAUUCCUCUCCUUGGCCGGCUUUCACAGAGACCAUCCAUGAUAACAGUCUAUCAAAGUACAAAGAACGGCCCAAUGCUUUUAAGAUCUCCUGUGGAAAAUGUGGAAAUGGAUUGGGGCAUGAGUUCUUAAAUGAUGGGCCAAAGAAGGGUCAAUCUCGUUUCUGAAUAUUCAGUAGCUCAUUGAAAUUUGUCCCGAAAGACAAAGUCGAUGGGCAAGUGAAGGAAUAAAGAGGAAAGAAUGUAAGGAUCUCCUGAAUCCUCUUUGUUUUCUGAUGCUGAAUGACUUGCCUUAUGAUAAACCCUUCCUGGACGUCUGGGGUAACGAGGAAUACGCAUUGGACUGCAAUGUGGUUUUGGGAAAUCUGCUGAUACUGUAACACCCACACUUUAUAAUCUGACUGAAAUUAAUCCGCACAAUUGUAUCCACCUCCCCUUGGUAUCUUCACAAAUGGUUGCAACUCCUUGGACAUACACCCGAGGACCAAAUUGACUUUCAUUUAAAGUGACCUUUUUCUGAUGGUUCGGUGCAAUUGAACUCAACAUUUCUUAUCUCGGUAAACCGUUGAAACUAUGGGGAAAGGUCCCACCGUCUGUAACUGAUCUGUCCUAAAACGGUUUAGAACAAUAUAACAUCUCAAAGUCUCCUCCAUCAAUAUCUUUCUGUUGACUGUGUGAUCUUAUGAUUUGUUUGUUCUUAUGAGAUGAUGCAGCCAGUUGAAAGAUAGUGACUAUAUUAAAGGCACUAUGCUUUAGCGUACCAUGCUGUUAUAGGCAACUGUGUUCUGGAUGUGUUAAAUGGUUGGCCUGUUAUGAGUGCAAAUAUUCUGCCACAUACUAUGGUACUUUAAUAGCCAGAUUUUUCAAAACAUUGCUUACACCAAGCUAUAUCCUCUACCUUGU